GGACACACGUCUCGACCGCAAUUUGCACCGCAGUGACGUCCCAUAUCGAAUAAUCGAAUUCGUGUAGUGAAGUGCAAUGUAGCAUCGAUUUGCGUGAUCUCGAUUGUGGUGUGCGUUAUCGAUUUCGGAGACAAGGUAAUAGGGUUGGGAAAUUGAGGGUCGAAAUUUUACGACGCGGACAUUCAUGCAUAAAUCGGACACGAUGAUAACCGAAGGCGGUGGAGUGAGGGCGGAGGCGCCAUGAGCGCGGGCGUGCGCACCGCCGCGGGCGACUCCACGCCCGGCUCUGACGGCGAUCGCAUCACGCGCCUCUUUCCCAAGUGCAGACCGAAGAACAUGCAGCACCACCACGAUAGACUGAAUACUGCCAUAGAGGGUCGGGAGCUCAACAACAUGAAUAACGUGUCAUCAGACGAGGAUCGGGAAAAUGACGUGCAGCCCGUCAUAGUCAACUCCAAGGGUGCCUACAAGCUUAGGGAUUCUAGAAUAAUAGAAAUCGCCGGAGGGAGGGAAGUUUACUCCCAGAGUCGGACAAAAGCGGCGAGAAAAUUACGUCACAACAACACGCAUAAGCACAACUUGAGGAAUAAAAUAAGAUCCAUCAGCAAAGAUGCUGCCGACUACGGAGAUACCAUCACAAACGAGAUAUCCUUACACAGGAUAAACAGUGAACCCAAAAAGAUGAUAUCAAGACACACGUCACCAACAUACACGAAUGGUGAUCAAAUUCUAGAACAAACUAUGGGAAUACCCAAAAACAGUUCCCCCAUACUCGACCCACAUAAGAUUGCCGAUGUUAGCGCUAAGAGUAGUCCGAUAGCAGUUGUAGCUGAUGGUGAAGUCGUGGUCUUUGAUGACAAUGACGACUGGAAAGUUAUAUUGAAUUCUGUGUCUCUAGGUUUGAGGACGGAACCAGACGCUAGUGAUGACGAAAUCGAUAUGAGUGUUAAAAGGACUUUAGACAAUUUGAAAAAUGGUGAUAGUGAAAUGAACAAUAGGAGUGAAAGUGAUGGCAGUGACUCGAGUCCUUCGAGAGAUGACGUCAGACUAAGUGAUGCCAGCCCCACUGGUGUGUGGCUUUCUGGGGAUGAAGACAAGAACAGGGUUACUAGGGUAAUAGGUGAAUUGCCGAUCGCGGAGUAUGAAGGAUCACCGAGACGGUAUGGCAUUGGUACCCAAAAAACUCAUGUUAGAUCGCCGAGGCCUGGAUUUCCUCAGCGAAUUAUAACAGAGAGUAGAGAUGAAACCCCUCCACCAAGCUCAACAGCAUUUGACUAUUUGUACGAGUUCUCUGAGACGAGGAAGGUGCUCGAGGAAUUCUUUAGAUGUCCACAGCAACAGAAUUCCAAUGAUGAAAUUGUUAAUUUUCAAGAGCUAGACUACGAGCUCCGUCGCCAGACACAAGAAUGUCCUUCAGAAAACGGUAUAGAAGGCAGCGAUGUGGAAUGGCCGCUCGCUGACGCGCUGCACUCACCGCACACCGCGCACAACCAUACUAACUUCCUUGGCCUACAGCAACAGCGCGGACGCUACAACGCCCCAGACAUGUCGGCACUCCGCGCGUCGCACUCCGCGGCGGUGGACGCGUGCGAGCCCGACGCGCCCGACAGCGUGUGUGCGUCACCUGCUGUUAGGGACGCGCUAGCGUUGUCGUCUGCUAGUGAUACGCCUAGUGACUUGUCGCUUGCGCUUAUGGAGAACGAGCUGAGCGAAAUGAAAGUACAAAUGGAGCUGAACCGCGUAGUGGGCGCGCACAUGCCGGUGGUUGAAGAUGGUCUCUCGUCAGGACACGUAUCCGACAGUGAUAAUAAUAACCAGAUUAUUACUAUACCGGCGCAUUCACCGAUGAAGAUAGAGGAAAUCGUAGAUAGCGGGACUAACACAGACCCACAUUUAUUGUCUGAUGCGGACUUGCAUUCUUUGGAUCCAUUGGCGUGCAGCUCAGCCCCGCCUCCCCCCGCCCCAGCUCCGCACCGACCACUCGAACACGCGCAUGCGCUCUCCCCGCACGCGCAUGCGCACGUGCAGCACACGCCGCAUGCGCACAGCCCGCACGCCAUGUCGCCCCAUGCGCACACGCCGCACCACCACCAUGCGCACGUGCAGCACCAUGAUGACGUGUAUCCCAGGAAAAGACCAACAUCAGCUCAGAGCAACGAAUCGGUAGAAAUCAAACCUGCGAGUGGAGAUGAAGACGAAGCAGACACUGAUUUGGAGACAGAUAGACUACUGGGACAGCAGAGAACUGACGAUCAAGGAUUCUUUGAUGACAAAGGCUGGCGCAAACCAAAAUCGCGGACAGUGAUGCCAUCUGUGGGCUCGACGGGAACUAACAGGGAGUCGCACGCGCAUGAAAACAAUGAUCCGAGAGACGAAGAUACGCUUCAUAAUGGGAAGGAUAAAGAUGCAAAGAAGAAGAGUAAAAAUAAAGAAGACAUCGCUUCAGUCCUCAUAGAGGGUGUAUUAUUCCGGGCCCGGUAUCUCGGUUCCACACAACUGGCCUGCGAGGGACAGCCAACCAAAGCCACUAGAAUGCUGCAGGCUGAAGAAGCUGUAUCUAGGAUUAAGAGUAUUUUUUCAGUGUUCCUCACCCCUCGACCUGACCCAAGAAGAUGUCGGAUCCCGUAUUGGCCGGCUAGCCUCCUCUGGAUAUCUUUACUGUCGCUUAUUCGCUUAGCUCGCUUUGCAUCCCGUAAGUGGUGCGAGGGCCCGUACAGCGGCGUGUACGCGGCGCCCGCGGCGGUGUUCCGCCUCGCCUUCCUGGGCUCGGUCGAGGUGGACGAGGACUCGAGGCGACGCAAACGACGCCCCAAAAAGAACAUGGUGGAAGAGGCGGUCACUAAGAUCAAGGCUUUGGCCCCCGAGGGUGAAAACCAGCCAAGCACAGAGGUGGAUCUAUUCAUAUCAACGGAAAAGAUAAUGGUCCUGAAUACGGAACUAAAGGAGAUCAUGAUGGACCACGCUCUACGGACGAUCUCAUACAUCGCAGAUAUUGGAGACUUGGUAGUUCUGAUGGCCAGGAGACGCUUCGUGCCGCAUGAAAGUGAUUCUGAUCAGCCGAAACUGAACCGUACGCCCAAAAUGAUAUGCCACGUUUUUGAGAGUGAGGAGGCUCAAUUCAUCGCCCAGUCUAUUGGCCAAGCUUUCCAAGUGGCAUAUAUGGAGUUCCUUAAAGCCAAUGGGAUCGAAGACCACAGCUUCGUCAAGGAAAUGGAUUAUCAGGAAGUGCUCAACAGCCAGGAGAUAUUUGGAGAUGAGUUGCAAAUGUUCGCUAAGAAGGAGUUACAGAAAGAGGUGGUGGUGCCGAAGAGCAAGGGGGAGAUCCUGGGGGUGGUGGUGGUGGAGUCGGGCUGGGGGUCCAUGCUGCCCACCGUUGUGAUCGCCAACCUGGCGCCCGCGGGGGCUGCGGCUAGGUGUGGACAGCUUAAUAUUGGAGACCAAAUAAUAGCCAUCAAUGGAGUCAGUCUGGUCGGUCUCCCGCUAUCCACCUGCCAGACGUACAUCAAGAACUCCAAGAACCAGACCGUUGUGAAACUGACCGUUGUACCUUGUGCUCCUGUUGUGGAAGUGAAGAUCAAACGACCAGACACUAAAUAUCAGCUCGGUUUUAGUGUUCAGAAUGGUGUGAUAUGCAGUCUCCUCCGCGGCGGUAUAGCUGAGCGUGGUGGAGUUCGCGUCGGACACCGCAUCAUUGAGAUCAACUCACAAAGUGUGGUCGCCGUACCUCAUGAGAGGAUUGUUAACUUGCUCGCUACUUCUGUAGGGGAGAUCCUAAUGAAGACGAUGCCUACAUCAAUGUUCCGACUGCUCACCGGCCAAGAGAACCCCGUGUUCAUAUAACGCGAAGUGCCUCACACUACACAAUACACCUUAUCCAUACAUUUGGAAUUAAAUCGCUAUUUCUAUACUCGAAUCACGGAAACAUAGUACAUUUAAUGCUGGAGCUAAUUGGUCCUUCGAGGACGCUUUAAAACUAAACACUGGUGAAGCAUUUGUAAUUUUAUAUGACACCUGAAUCUGGCUUGCAAUUCGUAGUCCUAAAAAAUAAUCAUAUCUAUACUAAUAUUAUAAAGCUGAAGAGUUUGUUUGUUUGAACGCGCCAAUCUCGGGAACUACUAGUUCGAUUCGAAAAAUUCUUUCGGUGUUAGAUAGCCCAUUUAUCGAGAAAAGCUUAUCAUCACGCUAAAACCAACAGGAGUGGAGCAAUGCGGGUGAAACCGCGGGGAACAGCUAGUAUUUGAUAAAGCGUGACUAUAACGGACUCGACAAUAUUUACUUAAAAAAUCACACAUUUUGGUGAAUUUCCAGCAAGCGAUUUAGUGUCCUAAAGCUGUGCUAUAAUACUCAAAUCAAUGGCUAUACAAUGUGAUGUCUUACUUCGGAUCGCUUAUGCUUAAGUGGUUAAGACUAGAUCUAAGUUGUAUAUUUAGUCGGUUAUUAUUUGCUAUCAAUAUUGUAUUAAAUUAUUUCACAUUGGUUAAUUUUGAUCUAGGACUUGCCCGUUUUUUACUUGCCCAAAUACUUGUUUAUAAAAUAAUUUCUUUUGGUAAAUUUUUUUAAUUACCCAGUUAAAGUAAAAAUUCUUGACUUGGUUAUCUCUUUAUUGGUAGCAAAUAUAACUAUAAAAAUUAUCAUAACAAAUGUAUACAUACAUAUUAUUCCAUUUACUAAUUUAUUAAUACGUAUAAAAUGUGAAAAACUCAUAUCUGCUUAGAUAUUAUUAAUAUAAGUGUCAUAGUUAUGCUAUAUUACGUUUUCCCUCUAAUCAAAUUUGAUGCCAUUUUUGCCGCGAAUUUUUAUGUUUUUUAAAUUUUAAUUUAAAAUUAUUGGUUGUGUAACAAUAUUUUGUUGUUUUUUAUGUUAAUUUAAGUAAACGAUUGCCAUAUUAAUAUAAGUUAUUUAAAAUUUUCAUCAUUCCAUUACUAUUUUAUCUUUUAAAGUCCCUCACCGUGCACCAUAGUUCAAAUAAGUUCAGAUUUUAAAUGUAUAGCUGAUGUAGGACGGACGGGUCUUGAUACUCGCUGAUGGUAAAGUAUCAAAGUUAUCCGCGACUAUACCGAGACCAUGAAUCUCAAGUGAUCAUUGAUAAAUAAAGAAUUGAUUAGCGGAUAGUAUUAAUAAUACAUUAUUUCGUGUAGCGUUUCAAAAGAUAUGUCAUAUUUUGUAAAUUUUAUAGUGUGGCUAUAGCGUUACUAUAUUAUAAUCUAUGUGUUUCAUAGCUAAGCUUAGCGCGACAAGGUUUAUUUAUGUAUAAAAUUAUUAUUGAAAUGAUAUUUUCAAAAGUGUAUGAUGUAAUUCGUGAAGUAACCCUAAUAUAAAUCCUGCUUUCUUGUAUUCUCAAUAUUCUGAUGCUUGGAUACAUUUUUUUUCAUUCUAAAAACACCGAUUAGUCGAACAUUGUAGUCUCGCCCUUACGACCAAUAUCUUAGUUUUAUUUUAUUAAUUUUAGAAUACUGUUUCUAUUGAAUACCUACCACUUGAUAUAAUUUAAAUUGAACACUUCUAUUCCCACCUAAAAUCCCGCUAAGUAUAUAGACAAUACAGUCUGACAUGUAAUUUUGUAUUGCUAGCUGUUGUGAAUAAGAUUUAUUUACAUUGAAAUAAACAGAUAAUAAAUAGCAUUUUAUUGUAAAAGCUGGUAUAUUGUAGGUACACUAUAACAUGUGAAAAACUAUUGUUGUUCUCAUUUCUAAGAGUAUUAUUCUAGUCUGCAUUAAAGUUAAGAAUAAAUUGAACAAACUGA